GCAACAAGCCUUGAGAACCAGGAUACUGAUGAAUAAUUAAGAACCUGUCUGGAAGAGAAGGGAUUUUAAAGAUGAGUGUGUGAGCUGCAUCAGAAAAAGAGCCUUAUUUUAGGUAUAGGUGUCUACUUUGUGAGGAGACAGAGAAACAAGUCAAAUAGGCACAGGAAAGGCAAAAUGGAAGUCUAAAGGAAAUAGCUAAUAAGCCGGAAUAUGCUGAGGGUAAUGAGGAGGCUCUCGGAGCCUAAAGCUUGAGUGUGGUAGAAGCCAAGUGAGAAAGUGAGUGAAGACCUGGGGGAGCGGUUGGAAGCCUGUGUGUGCGCGCUGCUGCUGAGCAGAUCAAAGAGUAAGCCCAGGCGGAGAACUUGUGAGCUCCUCUGGGUGACAGAUAAGGACGACUCGGAAGAGUCGGUGUUCAGAGAUGUGACCUCUCAGAAACAGCCCGGAAGGAGCAGACAGGAGCUUUGAGCGGGAGAACCAAGUUUCCUUCUGUUCUCUUUUCGAUGUCCGAUGUUGAGAAGGAGCAGAGAGUGCAGCAUCAGGAGAAGGAGAUUUCUAGAAGCCGGAUUCCCCGGUUGAUUCUUCGGCCCCACCUGCCCCGGCAGCCGCAGAAGGUGUCCCCGGCCUCUGAGUCUCCCUUCUCAGAGGAGGAGAGCAGAGAGUUCAACCCCAGCAGCUCCGGGCGCUCAGCGAGGACCAUCAGCAGCAACAGCUUCUGCUCAGAUGACACAGGCUGCCCUAGCAGCCAGUCAGUGUCUCCUGUGAAGACGCCCUCGGAUACCGGAAACAGCCCCAUUGGCUUUUGCCCUGGAAGUGAUGAAGACUUCACCAGAAAGAAAUGCACGGUUGGAGUUCCGGGGGAGGGAAGCGUCCCGUCAGCUCGGCACAAGAAGGAAUUGAAGUCGGGCCUCGUAAAGCCAGGUAGUGAGGCUGAUUUCAGCUCCUCGAGCAGCACCGGCAGCAUCUCAGCUCCAGAGAUCCAUAUGUCUACAGCCGGAAACAAGCGCUCGGCUUUCUCACGCAAUCGAGGUCCCCAUGGACGGAGUAACGGAGCUUCGUCGCACAAGGCUGUCAGCAGCCCACCAUCCCCUCGGGAGAAGGACCUUCUGUCCAUGCUGUGCAGGAAUCAGCUGAGUCCCGUUAACAUCCACCCCAGUUAUGCCCUUUCAUCCCCGAGUAGUAGCAACUCAGGCUCCUACAAAGGAAGCGACUGCAGCCCAGUCAUGAGGCGGUCUGGAAGGUACAUGUCCUGUGGAGAAAAUCAUGGUGUCAAACCCCCAAAUCCAGAACAGUAUUUGACUCCCCUGCAGCAGAAGGAGGUUACCGUGAGACACCUGAAGACCAAACUGAAGGAGUCCGAGCGCCGGCUUCAUGAAAGGGAAACAGAGAUCGUGGAGCUCAAGACCCAGCUGGCCCGGAUGAGAGAAGACUGGAUCGAAGAAGAGUGCCACCGGGUGGAGGCCCAGUUGGCACUCAAGGAAGCCAGGAAGGAGAUUAAACAGCUCAAACAGGUCAUUGAGACCAUGAGGAGCAACUUGGCGGACAAAGACAAAGGCAUUCAGAAAUACUUUGUGGACAUCAACAUCCAGAACAAGAAGCUGGAGUCCCUGCUCCAGAGCAUGGAGAUGGCCCAUAGCGGCUCCCUGAGGGAUGAGCUGUGUCUAGAGUUUCCAUGUGAUUCCCCGAAGAAAAGCUUACCUCUCAGCACUCCUUUCGGCAAGAUGAUACACGGGUCGUCUCUGGAUGAGCAGGUCACAGAGGAGGGGGCUGACAGUGAGCUGCUGGUGGGCGACAGCGCGUCUGAUGGUGCAGAUUUACUCGAUGACGUGGUGACAGCCACCACCACAGAGUCUGGAGAACUGGAGCUGGUCCCUUCUCCCCCCGAGGCCCCAGUUCUGAAGCUCCUUCCUGUGGCGGUGGAGCGGGCCGUGCAGACCGAUGUGCUGCCCUUCAGCCCUGCCGUCUCAGAGCUCGUUCAGAAUGUGCUCAAGCUCCGGGACUGCUGUCCCUCGAGCUCAGCCUCCCCCGAGGAAUCGGGGGCUGACUCCAGCGAGAGCUUCCCAGAGUCCAUCUCUGCCUUAAUGCUCGAUUUAACUCCGAGAAACCCGAACUCAGCCCUUGUUCUGUCUCCCGUGGAGACCCCCUACAGCAACAGGGCUGCAGAAGCUCCUGCAAGCCGCCUCAUGAGAGAGCUGGAUUUUGCUUCCUACCCUGCAGAAGAAAGGUUGGAUGGUGCCCUCCCACUCUCUCAGGGGACUGUCGCGAGGCAGUACUGGAGCAGCAAUUUCCUGGUGGAUCUUCUGGCUGUGGGUGCCCCGGUGGUGCCCACUGUUUUGUGGGCAUUCAGUACUCAGAGAGGGGGAACAGAUCCUGUCUACAACAUCGGAGCUUUGCUCCGGGGCUGUUGUGUGGUCGCCCUGCAUUCUCUCCGCCGCACCGCCUUCCACAUCAAAACCUAAAUCCAAGUGGUUCCCGUGUGCCAAUUUGUCCUGUGGCGUUGUGCCAGGUAGAGAAACAGCAGGCCGAUCUGUGGCAGUCUCUUAGCUGUCGUUUUGCUCCUCAGUGUCGGAUUUGCACUAUAGUUAGUUGAAGCCUGUUCACUGUUUAAAACCGGAGGUAUCUUCAAAGGCAUGGAGACCUGGUCCCAGUUAAUGUCCCACCGGUGUGGUAUAGAAAGCAUGCUCGUGACCCUGCCGUGUCGUCUGAGGUACCCGUUCUUAUCCUAGUGGUUCAGGAAGAGAAAAUGCAGUUUGCACUUUCAAGACAGCUUCUCCAAGGCUGGCAUGUUACCUCCUUGCUUUGCUUUGUGCCGUUUUAAAAUGUGUAAUUGUUCCAGCAUUCCAAUGGUCUUGUGCAUAGCAGGGGACUGUAACCAAAAAUAAAAAUGUACUUGUGUAACUGGUUCGAAGAAGUCUUGAAUAGCUCUUUAGUGUUUAUUUGGGGUUGAUAAGGUUUGAGUGUUGGCAGUUUUUUACUAAAUGUAGUCCAAGUCUUAAAUGGCUGUUUGUUCUUAAACCUGUUAAUUGAUGGAAUUGUACGUAAGUUUACAAUGUACUAACUUAUUUUUUGCUUAUUAUAUAUAGUGUUUUAUUGGAAAUUGUUUGUAAGCACACACUUCAGCAUGAUGAAA